GCGCCAUGGCAACGCAGUGGCGUGACGUCACGUGAAAACAAGCUAUUGAUUGGAUGGUUGUGGUUUGCUAUUGGUGGAUCUCAUGUGAGUGACAGGUUGCCCCGCCCUCAUGCCAGUAAUGACGUCGCAAGAGAAGAGACGUCGCUGCAAAAGGAACAUGAAUUGAAAACGACAAUGAUGUGCACUGAUGAUAAAUCAUUUAUAAUAAAUACUGCAGUCCGUUUUGAUUUCAUGGUGACUUUAAAAGCCCAAUUUUGAUUCUGGUUUAUAGGCUGUGGGUUGUGCCAUUUUUUCGGGAAAGCUUUGACCUCCCCCCUCUGUUCUCUGUCACACACACACACACACACACUCACUACUCCCCCUCCCGUGUCUCUCUUUCCCUCCGCAUCAUUCUGAACUUCAUCAAUUCGGCUUGAAUCACGCAAAAAUCCAUCUCUCGGUUCCUCGGUUAAAAAUGUUGGAUUUGCUUGUUGCUUUGAGGCUUUUCCCCGCACUGGAUCUACCGGACAGAGAUGUUGCUAAAUCAACAUGUUGAGGACAAACCGGAUCACGGAUGUGUUACCGCGUUUUGAACCAGAAGCUCUUCGUUUAUCAUGAAUAACCAUUUUUUUGUAACUGUUACGCUCUCUGUUGUUAUGUGGUCUAAUUGUGCGGUUAUGUAACUCUUAAGUGCUUUCCGUGGUAAGUAACCGAGUCUAUCGGUAUCGCUCAUGCUCCGGUGCAUGCCUGCACGAGAGAAGCGCGCGCGCUCGCUCCCUCGCGCCGGUGAUCCGCACCGUGAAUCCGCACCGAAUCGUCCCCGUACCGACCGGACCCGUGUUCCUCCGUGUCCCGUGAGAUGGCCGCGGCGCUCGCGAGCUCGCUCAUCCGACAGAAACGGCAGGCGCGGGAGGCGAACAGCGAGCGCGCGACGACCGGUAAGCGUCGCUCCAGCCCGGGCAAAGAGCCGUCCGGACGAACAUCUCUAUGCAACCGGCACCUGUUCGGUCUCUUCGGUAAAGUCCGAUUCUGCAGCGGGAAAAAACGACCCGUGCGACGGAAAUCAGAUCCUCAGUUGAAGGGGAUAGUGACCAGGCUCUUCAGUGAGCAGGGUUUCUACUUGCAGAUGCAGCCGGACGGAACCGUCGUUGGGAGUAAAGAUGAAAACAGCGACUACACUCUGUUUAAUCUGAUCCCGGUGGGUUUGCGGGUCGUGGCGAUUCAGGGUGUGAAGGCUGGACUCUACGUAGCCAUGAAUGCAGAGGGUUUCCUGUACUCCUCGGAAAUGUUCACAGCGGAGUGUAAGUUUAAGGAGAGUGUGUUUGAGAAUUAUUAUGUGAUCUACUCGUCUACGCUGUACCGCCAGCACGAGAGCGGACGCGCCUGGUUCCUCGGACUCAAUAAAGAAGGAUCCAUCAUGAAGGGAAACCGGGUUAAGAAAACUAAACCGUGUUCACACUUCGUACCUAGACCCAUUGAAGUGUGUAUGUACAAGGAGCCGUCGCUGCACGACAUCGAUGAGAAGCAGCGCUCCAGGAAAAGCUCAGGAACUCCCACUAUGGGCAUCAGGAAAGAGUUAAACCAGGACUCUACCGAUCAUGAAGGCUCAUAGCCACACACACACACACACACUGACCUGUAAAUGUACACACACACACACACGGUGACCCCUGGAGCUGAAUGCUUUCUUACACCCCAACAAACAGCAGCAUCUUCAGCAUCGACAAACAUCAAGCGAAACAAAAAAUGAAUGAAGUAAUGUUAAAAAAAAUUCUUGCCUGUGUGAAUAUUUUGGGAGAAUCUGAAAUUUGAGAUUUUAUGCAAGAGUGUGUUUCUUUCGGGAGUCUGAGCUUUAAGCCAUGUGCGAUGAUCACUCGUUGAUUUACGAUGAAUGCCAAAAGCACUUUCACUCACUGCUAUACGUCGCUCACCUCAUCAAUACUGAAUGUGCCCCCCCCCCCCAAUAAUUGCUCUGUUUUUUCAUUUUUGAGUGGGAGGGGCUUGUGAAUUCUGCUCUCUGAUUGGCUAAAGUGGGAAGGGUUCAGGAAUUGCUCUGCUGAUAGGCGCUGACAGUCUGCUCCAUCUCAUUCACACUGUAUAAAAAUGUGUUCUUUCAAAUGAAAGACUCGCUACUGUACCUUUAAGACUUCUGUAUGUUAAACGAUUGGUUCAUGAGCGUAUGAUGUCAUAACGGUUAUGACCAAUGGCGUGGUGACAUCUACUGACCACAUCGCACUCUUUUAUUUCAAAAAGAGAACUUCGGAAUGUACUGCGGGGGGCGAUGAUGUCACAGGGGAAGUGACGGAAUUCCGCGUUCCGUAAACGGAAUGUUCCGCUCUCGUUCGAAACCUUUCUCUCUUUUUUAUCCUGCCAAAAAGCACAGACUGCCCUCUUGAGUGUCGAAACUGGACUAAACCACUUUAAAUCAGCAGAGAAUACACUGUCCUUCGCUCAGCGUUUGGCUUAAUCGCUCCCCGUUAGCUGUGUUCGGACUGGAAAGCUAGCAUGCUGCGUACUGCGCGGUAUAUACUGAACACUGCCUCGUGUGCUUCGAAAAGAGGAUGACGUUUCAAACACUAGUGCACUACAUUUCUGUCACUAUGUUGCAUGUGUGAUUCAGCAGUCUCUGAAAUGAAAUAAAGCCGUUUUGCAUGUUUAAUCCAAUUUUUGUAUCCGAUCAUACAAGUGUAGUUCACCAGAAAUGAAAUGUUCAGUGCAUUGCAUUGUGGGAAACUGAAUUUCGCGACAUUAUUUUCCUGUUCAUUAGCGUGAAGCUGCUCGGAAAACGAUCUGUAUUGUAUAUAAAUCAGUGUCGCUUAGCUUUAGGACUCGUACUGUAUACUGCAGAGAUUAGUAUGCUGGAACGCCAUUCUGAACACAGCCGCGAGGAAACCGUCGCUCUGCAUGUUUCUGAUUGGUCACUUGAGUCCAGGUUCCUUCCCCUUUAAAUGUGAUCUGCCUGCCGAUUGGUCAGAUCCGUGUGUUGCGUUUAUGAGACGUCUUCCAUUUAGUGGAGCUGCACCAGCAUCUACAAGGGGUGGGGUCAAAGGUCAGGGUCCCGUUAGCGCUAUGAUGAUGAUGUAUUUAAUAGAAGAUGUUCUGAUUAUCGCCAUGCUGACCUUGUGUUUGCUGAUGUUUGCACCUUAAUUCUGAACACGUUCAUGUUCAUUAUGUAAAGAGAUCUGAAUAAAGCAUUAAACCUGCCACAGGACGACAAUAUCAUUUAAAAAUAAAAAAAUAAUUAAACUCUG